GUUUCAGAAAUUGAUGUAAAAAAUUAUAGAUAUCUUAAUCAUUGGUUCACAACAAUUUGUAAUAAAUUGUUAGACACGAAUACUUGUUCGUUCCAAAGCAUCUGUGCCGAGAAUUAAUCGAGAUGCAAUUAGAGAUGCAUCUGUAUUUUUAAUCUAUUUUUCAGAAUGCCAACGGUAGACGAGACUGAUUGGCCACCUUAUACUAGAGAUAACCCGAAGUAUUUUAUUUGGGACGCAGAGAAGAGUGGAUUCGGCAGAGGUCCUCGCACGACAGCCUGUGCAUUUUGGAAUGAGUUUCUGCCGCGUCUAAAAGGGGUUCCCGAUCCCACACCCGAAGCGUGCAAGAGUGCAAUGGCGUCAAGUGUUACCGCGGGGGUCGGCGAAUUGCGUGGUUCAACAACGAUCGCAUCCAUCCUCUUACUUCCGGUGCUGGUAGUAUAUAGAUUCAUAUAAGCGGUACUCAUCCAUGUCGACAAACCCUUUUCAUGGCUGGCAGGUACCUGACUGGGCAGAAAAGUUCCAUCGGCGCUACCGUCCGACAAACAGGUCCUAUAAUGAGCGUUGUUUACGCUUCAAGGUCGCAUUAGCGGUCGUCAACCAUUCGUAGAUCGAUAGGUCGCUGUAGAAAGUAUGCUACGUAUGCUGUCGUAUAGCAAUAGUCCGUCUUCACUGUGUCGUUGUGUCACCGGCACUGGGAUAGGUUUGCGAAUGAUAAUCAGAUGCUCCGCAUCUUGGCGAAGUGUAUUCGUCUCUCUUCGAGAUAACCGUAGACUUAUGUAUAUGCCGCGAUUCGCGACAAAUAGAUUGAAGGAAGACAAAAGGGAUCCUCGGCGAAAGACCAGAACCCUGCAUCCUGAUGAUCGACUUUAGCAGAUUGUAACUUCGACUUCACUGGGCACAUUCCAUCUCCGUGCAGCUUUAUCGAUCCGCUUUCGGCUUAGGUUCUUGCAGUUCUUUCCCCGAUUUCUGCUAUCUCUUUGAACUUGGUUUUAUUGAUAAAUUAUCUUAUCGGUGUGUGUGUGUGUGUGUGUGUGUGUGUGUGUGUGUGUGUGAAUCUUUCGAUUCGAUCGACCGUUGAUUUCUGAAUCUGAUUGUUAACGUGAGAUGUACCUUGCGAGAUACUGAUAAGCUACUGAUAAGCCCACGUGAAUUCUUUAAAUUUCGU